AUGGCGACGGUAGAGCUCGAGGUUGAACGAGUGCUCCAACUCAUUCUUCCUCGUAUCAAAAGUCAUAUUUCAGCGCCUCCAUCGAUUUUCGAAAAAGGCUCGUACCAGCGACCAUUCAAACUCGCCGUCACGGGGCUUCAAGGCAGCGGGAAAUCCACAUGGAGCGCGGGAAUCGUCGACGCGAUCAAUAAAACAGGACUGAAAGCGAAAACACUAUCACUAGACGACUUGUACCUGCCACACGAGGGGUUAGUAGCCGUCCGUGAGUCCAACCCCGGAAAUAGACUCGUAAGAACACGGGGGCAGCCGGGGACACAUGAUUUAGAGCUUGCAAAAUGGUUUUUUGAACAAUUCGACCAGCCGACGACGGGGGAGAAGCUCUUUCCAAUAUUCGACAAGAGCAAAUUUGGUGGAGAGGGCGAUAGAUUACCAAAGUCAGAGUGGCAUAGUUCGGAACCUCGGGAGGUUGUUGAUGUCCUGGUUUUCGAAGGAUGGUGUAUGGGAUUCCAAGCGGUGUCGGAGAUAGCGCUGCGAACAGCCUGGGAAGAAGCACGAACGGUAGUGGCCGCAUCUACUGAUGAUGCGGAUAUAAAACUUCCAAUAAGGACUAUUGCGAAUCAUGAACUCGAACAUUUGAACUUUAUCAACCAGAGACUAGGCGAAUAUAACGACAUGUUUAUGGGGCCACAACACUGGGAUUAUUUGGUUCAUCUUGAUACAGACGAUCUAAGAAACGUCUAUGCUUGGCGGUUAGAACAAGAAGCUUGGCUGUGGAAACUUAAGGGCACGGGGAUGUCAGAUGAAGCGGUGAUAGAAUUCAUUAAAGGAUACAUGCCCGCCUACGAGUUGUACCUCGGGAAUCUAAGGCAAGGGUUCUUCCAGGCGCUUGGGGAGAGAAAAACGAAUUGUCAGUUGAGUAUGAAGCUAGAUUCUGCGCGGAGGAUAGUAGAGAUACGGGAAUUUUAA